GGCCGGGCCGGGCUGGCUGCCAGCUGGGCUAAUGUCGUGAACAGUCGCCGUGUUGGCUCCCGUCUCCCCGCACUCCAACUGUAACUGUGGACGGAGGUUUUACACGGAGGGUCUUGUUUGAGGUGCUGCGGUGGAAUAAGACUGCAAGACACGAACGGAGGAAUUACCAGCCAAACAAACAAAACAAAAAAACAGGAUGUAAUGUUAACAAACCGCAAAGGAGAAUGUCAAGAGGAACAAAAGAGACUUCUUGUUGUUGUUCGAGUCUCAGCGGACUGAACUAACCAGCGGCUAAACCGGCUAACGUUAGCUGAGUUAACGCUAGCUACAUUACAGACAGACUUUAUGAAGUGGAUUCCCCUGCCUAUUUACAGUUUCAAGCAGUUUGCUUGUUUGUCUGCUGAGCGGAUCUCACUGACAUUUACUCGCCAUGGCAGCAGUGGUUAGCUACUCUCCACCAUGGUGGGUGAACCUGCUACACAGACUCCCCCAUUUCAACCUCAAGUUCGAGCAAACCAGCAGUGAUUUCCGACCGGAGGACUGGACAUAUCAACAGUCCAUCCUGUUAUUGGGAGGUGUGGCGCUCGCCUGUCUGGCCCUGGACCUCCUGUUUCUGCUCUUCUACUCCAUUUGGCUGUGCUGCCGGCGAAACAAAAAUGUGGAGCAGCCCAACGCUGAUUGCUGCUGCACGGCCUGGUGUGUCAUCAUAGCAACACUUGUCUGCAGCGCUGGCAUUGCUGUCGGUUUCUAUGGGAACGGCGAGACUUGUGAUGGAGUGAAUCGGCUGACGUAUUCCCUGCGCCAUGCUAACCGCACUAUCACUGGGGUGCAGAAGCUGGUAUAUGACAGUACAUCCUCAUUGAACCAGACAGUAGAUGACAAUCUGCAACAGCUUGAGACCCAGUAUGAGCAGCAUGCGGACUACCUGUCCAUCAUCCAGAAGCUUCAAGGCCAGCUGGACGAGCUGGUCAGACAGAUGGCGGAGAUUCCCUUCUGGGACAACACCAACAUCUCCCUGGAGGAGCUCGCCGUCAAUAUUGAGCUUUAUGACUGGUACAGGUGGCUGGGCUACAUAGGCCUGCUACUGUUCGACGUCCUCAUCUGCCUUCUGGUGCUGUUUGGCCUCAUUCGCAACUCCAAGGGAACACUCGUAGGGGUGUGCUUGUUUGGUGUAGUGGCUUUGGUUAUCAGCUGGGUCUCCCUGGGGCUGGAGCUAGCCGUCUCUGCGACCUCCAGUGACUUCUGUGUCGCUCCUGACACGUAUGUCACCAAAGUGGCAAACCAGUAUGGAGUCAUCAAUCAAGAAAUCCUGCAGUACUACCUUAGCUGCAGUGUGGAACAAACCAACCCCUUCCAGCAGAAGCUUUCCGGGAGCCACAAAGCAUUAGUAGAGAUGCAGGAUGAUGUGUCCGAGCUGCUGCGCUCUGCCACCAGAGAGUAUAAACAAACUAAGGGAAGUUUGGAGGAGAUCCAGGGGAUUCUGAACACCACGGAGAUCAGCCUACAUCAGCUUACUGCACUGGUGGACUGUCGCAGCCUGCACAUGGACUACGUCCAGGCCAUGACGGGUCUGUGUUAUGAUGGACUGGAAGGCCUCAUCUACCUCGUGCUCUUCUCCUUCGUCACUGCUCUCAUGUUCACCUCGAUAGUUUGCAGUGUGCCUCACACCUGGCGGGGCAAGAGGAGCGAGGAGGACAGCGAGGACGAGUCUCUGAGCCAUGGAGGGAGGCAAAACCAUGAUAACCUGUACCGGGUCCACAUGCCCAGCCUGUACAGCUGUGGCAGCAGCUACGGCAGCGAGACUUCCAUCCCUGCUGCUGCCCACACCGUCAGCAAUGCACCGGUUACAGAGUACAUGGCUCAGAACGCCAACUUCCAGAACUCUCGCUGUGAAAACACGCCCCUGAUCGGACGAGAGUCUCCUCCCCCCUCGUACACCUCCAGCAUGCGGGCAAAGUACCUGGCCAACAGCCGACCAGACCCUAACAACCCUCCAGCGCACUAGACAACACUGGACUCGUCCCGUCUUCAGCACUGACGUCUCUAAAGUUACAUUCAGUCUCCCAUCCCAGUCAGUCACUCAGUCUUUUUCCUCAUAGAUGAUUUUCCAGUCAGUCGCUCCACCUCCUGCUUCCCUCCACCGUUAACUGUCUUAAUCGACUUGUAAUGGAAAACCAAAACUUGCUCUCGCUGGUUGGUUGAAGCAAAACGUGAGGACAUCCAUCAAAUCUCAUCUCAUGAGUCUCAUGCAGAAGGUUUUUAUCCAGUUUCCACAGUCAUCAGUGGUGCUGGGAAUUUAUCUGAUGUGACGGAGCUUGGCCUGACUUCUGCACUCCAGUUUUAAUUUUUUUAUUUUUACCUGAACGCACCAAGAUAUGUACAGUUACACACAUAAACACAUAACAAGGCAUUGCAGUGUUGAGGACUCUGGAAGUGCUCACAGACCAACACUGAUUACUACUGGUUGUUGUUGUUUUGUUUUGUUUUGUAAAGUACUGUACUGCGGCCUCGCUCAUUCCUGUGCGAGAGUGAGAGAAAUGCCUUGCGUAUAAAUACGGGAGGAAUCAUUUCUUCAGACCUGAGCAGCAGAUAUCGUUUCUCAUUACACACUCACCAUAGAUCAAACCGUCGGAGUUUAGAUUAAUUUCACAGUGCAGCAUCUCAGUUGCUCAGGUUUUCUUUCUGCUUGUGGGACUUAAAAUGCAAACAUGAUAUUUGCAUUUUUCUCCUGACAUACCGUAAAUCACUUAUGCACAUUGGCUUGUUUUUGCAUCUUGUCUUAAAUCUGAUGUCUGGGACCAGUUUUCCUGCAGAGUUGCACGUCGUACAGGUCUGAUACAGAUCUUUUAGUUUCCUUAGGACACGGUUAUUUCCUGUGGCAUUUUUUUUUUAAAUACAUUUUUUAUGAGCCACUUUUCCACAGCAGUGACUGUAACUUGUGAAGCUGUGAACUUGAUGCUCUCAGAGGAUUUGAUAUAGGCUGCGUGACGGAAAUGCAGCUGGGAUGAUGAUGUUCAUCCAAAAAAAAAAAAGGAUUGAACCAUAAUGAGUUUGACAAAGGCGAGAAGAUUUUAUACUACUGGAAACAGAAGCUUGUUUUUCUUCUUGUUUUUUUUUUUCAGCCCUUUGAAGACGACGGUGAAGCACUGGAAUACAGAGGAGUGUGUGUUGUCUACUAUUAUUACUCCAGACUUUUCUAAGAUAAUUUGCAGUGCCCUCUCUUCACCAGACUGCUUGUAAUUCUCUCCAUGUCUCUGCUAAGUUGUGAAGCUUCGCCUCCCUUCAACAGAACUGGGAAUUGUACACUUACACACACACACACACACACACACACACAUCCUUGAGUCUUUCCGGCAACGAUCUCCUCCACCAAGUGCAGCAGUUUAGAAAUGUUAGAGUUAGAAAUGCCACUCACUGAUUCUCCCAACAGGAGUUUUAAUGCACGUCUGUGUGAAAGUAUGCAUAGCACAGUUUCUCAGAGACUUUCCAAGAGAAACCUUAUGCAUUGGCAGUGCAGUGUCUCACAAAUGUGUUUUAGCAUUUAUAAGGACAGUAGGUAAGGGUGAGUGGAUGCUGUGAAGGGAUUGAACUCUUCCUUCUAUAUAAUCCGGAAAUUGUUCCUGUUGAAGCAUGUCGAGCCUUCCAAUGUGGAGUGAGACGUUUGUGCUUCUGCAGCUUCAACUUUCUUCUCUUACAGUAGAUGUGCUUUGUGACCAGUACAAGAGGUGAUUUCUGAGACUGUGCCAACAAGUUAAGCACAACUCUUUUACUAUCUGAAUAUCUUUUUAAAUGUCUUUACUUUAGGGCUGUUGGUGAAGUUCACAGCUCCUGGUUGCCUCCGCAAUCGAACAAGAAAAUGAGCCUGAUUUUUCCGAACAUUUACGCUCUGUUAGACAUUAUUACACUGACGCGAGCUUUCUGUUCUUCGUAGUGGUCAUAUUCUCUUUGUUGUUUUUUCUGCAGAGCUGUUGUACAGAUUGUAAACAUUUACAAAAUGAAAAAAAAAAGGCAAAAAAAAAAAUACUGAAAUUGACAUUUCAUUUUUUAUUUCUUAAAAAUCUUUUUUCGCAUUUUUUAAUUUUUUUUUUAUUUGAUUUGCUCGUAGAUUUUUUUUAAAUUUUAUAAUCUGUAGUGAAAUGUGUUGCUUCAUUAACGUGAAAAUGGUAGAUUGUAAUUUUUCUUUUUUUUUUAAUCAGGAAAAAAAAUCACAGUAGAUGUAUUAAAAAAACUGAUGACAUCAUUUUUGCAAUCUCUAAAAUGUGUACAUGUAAAACCUGUGGUUCUAUUGAGCUUGAAUGCUGUUUUAAAAUUAAACAAACCUUAACUGUAGUGCACCAGCUCACUGGAUUUCUUUGUGUUAUAGAGAGGCUGAUGCGUCCCAACAUCCUGACCAGGAACAGACACUAGUGCAGUGACAGACCGCAGGCUUGCAUGCAGAUCACUCUGAGCGUGGCAGAAAGGCAGUUUUUGUGUUCCUGACCUCUCUGGGCUGACAGCAGGCAAGAGGUCAGUGUCAGCACCGGGCCACCAGUCUGGUUUUGUCAGCUUCCUUCAUACCGCCGGCCAGCUGCUGUCGCCCCGAACACUGACUUCUCAUGUGGGAGCCUGGGGGCUGGAAUGGGAUAUGAAAAGACACAGAGGGAGCGGAUCUUCUGUUUUUAAUCUUCUUAUCUUCACAUAUUUGGACCAGGCUUUACUAUGUUUUAUCAUUUGACCUAUAACUGAACUUGUCAUUAUUUACUCAGACUAUGUUUUUUUAGUGUAAACUACAAACUUAGACUACUAAAAUAUUAAAUCACACCAAUUUUGGGCACUAUGUUCACAAAGUUUUACCUAAUCUUCUGAGGUAUUUUCUGUCUCUAAAGAUGAGUAUAGAGAUUACAUCAUCUCCUGGGCUCCCUGCUGUUUAUUGUGGGGGGCUGAUCUAAACAAAGCAGUAAACAAACAAAGCAUGACGGAGGCUGAGAGGUUUUUACAACCCGUCUUACACACAGACCCAGAGAUGCAAAUGAAAUUUCACACGGUCUCACUGUCGAGGAAAUUGAAUUACCGUGCUUGUUGCUGGACUGGAGGAAUGCAUUACUAAUGCUUUGAGGUGAGGAGCUGAAUGAUGAGGGAGGAGGGAGAGGGGAGACCGUGGGGAGGGAGUGCCUCCACCCUUUGACUCCCCCCUCCACCCCCAAGGACGCUUCCUGAGUCUGGCUGGGCUCUCUGCCAGACGGUCAGACCACAGCUCUCUUUCUAACUCUGUCUUCUCACUGCCAGGCAGCUGUACGACGGCCAGGAGACACACGAGAGAACUGAAACUGCAAAGGACAGGAAUUCCAUUUAGAAAUGCACUCGUUUUAUCAGCCUGAAUAACAGAGCAGGCAGCAUCUCAGACCCUGCUAUAGAUAUUGUGACAGAUGAGACGUCCUACGUGGUGAGUGCAAACGCAGGAUGUGAGCACCUUUGUGUUCUGCCUCUGGAGGGAAUCCUACCUCUUUGUUGCUUGCGAUUUAAAGGGAGUCAAGGAAACAGGGUGCCUGGUUUGUCUCUUUUGUGGCCGGGCUCAGGGGGAGGCAGCUGUGUCCUGGGAGUCAGCGCUCACGUUAUUCACACCUCACCUCCUCCUUUGUGCACAUCACCCGGACCAGUCAGUGGGAGCACGUACCCAGCGAAGGAUUUACGGAGCUGUCUGGUUAUCCCUCUCCUCACCUUUUUACUCCACACACAGAGAGGCUCCUGCUCACUGAGUUGCUUCAUGACUUUCUCAAAGCACUUCCCUUUCCUUCCUGUUCUUUUAAAGUUAUCUUAAGUCUUCUGUGUGAAGACUUUUUUCAUGAUCCAGUGGAUCACCGCCUCCUAUAAAACGAACCAGUAUUCAGACUCUUAGGUGAUUUGGGUUAAAAUAAUAUAAAACUUUAAUUUGUGUUUUCAGCCCAUGAUUCCUGUACACCACCUGUCCUGCACCUGAAAUGUGUUGCAGUGAUUAAUCUUCUUACCCUAAGGUUACUGAGAAACUGUCACUUUCUGACGUUGUGCGUCAUCGUUUCCAUCCUGUUUUGCAUUUGUGCAAAGCACCAUGAGUCACUUAUUUUGCUUUAAUGCAAAUUACCUGCAUACAGUAUACCGCAAUAUGAUAAACUGUAUGCUGCUGUACAGAGGACAAUAAAGACUGACAGUUAUCUGGCAGUUUAAAUCACCAGUGCUAAUAAUUAUAAGCAACUCAGAAAAUUAGAUGUGAAAAUUUAGAUGAAAUUAAAAAAAAUCUGGCUUUAUUCCCAAAAUUCUGACAUUCUGUUAAAAAAUAUUGAAGUGACCAGAAUUUUUGAUUCUUGCAGGAUGAUUUGACUUUGCCUUACAAAAACAGCACUUAAUGUGAAAAUUACUCAUUUCCUGCAGUACAUCUUCCAGCUGAGAAAAAAAAAAAAAAAGCUCCUGGUCAACUCGAGACAGAAA